AUGGUUGGAAGAGGGAGACCACGUAACGCUAAUCGUAACGGGGGUGCACCACCAACGGGCGAUCCACAACGCGAUCCACGCGAUGUCGAAGAGAUCGAACGCCUGCGACAACGGAUUCGAGAGAUGGAACUUCAACAUAAUGGAAGUUCGGAAGAAACCGAAUCAAAUUCCUCCGUUUGGAACGAAUUGACUGAUGAUGUUGACAACCCUUUCGGCCGCCGUCCACGACGUCAAACCCAUGAUGACGUGUUGCGGUCAUUAGGUGUGCGGGUUGAAAUUCCAGAAUUCCAUGGGAAGGCCCAACCUGACGAGUUCAUCGACUGGUUGAGUACGGUUGAACGGGUGUUUGAACUUCGGGACAUUCCGGACAAUCUUAAGGUCAAGGUGGUUGCCAUAAAGUUACGCAACUAUGCGUCCUUGUGGUGGGAUCACGUAAGACACAAACGAAGUUUAGUUCAAAAUACUUUGUCAGUUGAAGAGUUUAUUGCCGAAUUUGAUCGGUUGCGUAUGAGGUGUGGUGCCGAUGAAGAUGAAGAACAAGUGAUUUCUCGGUUUUUAGGAGGGUUACGUUUCGAUGUAGCUGAGAUAGUCCAUUUACAGCAGUUUUGGACUUUGGAAGAUGUGGCUCGGCUAGCACUCAAAGUCGAAAAACAGUUGAAACGCAAACAGUCCUCCGUUACAAGUCGGUUCGCCCCGCAAACCAAAUCAGUUCCAUCGGUUUCGUUGAAGCCUGGGUCGUCAAAAACGGCCAUGCCCGAACCUUCCGCUGUCAUCGAGGGCUCAACAAAGGGUCCACGCACUCCUCGUUGUUACAAGUGCCAUGGCUUGGGUCAUUUUUUUCGAGAAUGCCCAAACAAGCACCUUGUUACAUUGGUCUAUGAUAUGGGUGAUGAUGAAACCAAUGACCAAGACGUGCUCGAUACAUCUGAUCAGGGGGAUGUAGAGGUCGUACGUCCAGAUCAUGGGGAAUCCCUAAUCGUCCAACGUGUUUUGUCUGUCACGGUUGAUAAAACAGUUGACGAUACAAGGUGGUUACGCAAUAAUAUUUUCCAUACUAAAUGCACAUCGAAGGGCAAGGUUUGUACUGUUAUUAUCGAUGGUGGAAGUUGCGAGAACAUGGUAGCAACCACAAUGGUUGAAAAGUUGGGUUUACCGGUAGAAACUCAUCCGGAACCGUACCAAUUAACGUGGUUGAAAAAAGGAAAUCUUGUUCGUGUGACUCAACGGUGUUUGGUCCAAUUUUCGAUUGGGACAAAAUAUAAAGAUGAAGUGUGGUGUGAAGUUAUCCCCAUGGAUGCGUGCCACCUUUUGCUAGGGCGUCCAUGGCAAUAUGAUCGUCGUACUAGACACGACGGGUUUCUUAACACCUAUAGUUUCAAAAAGGAUGGUCUAAAUACUGUUCUUACUCCAUUAGAUGUCCGUGGAGGGGCUACCGAGGCUUUGAUUGUAGCCAAGUCAGAAUUUUUAGAGUACUCGCGGACUUCUUCGUCCCCAUUUUUGUUGGCUUUGGUCGUCACAGAGCCCAAUCCCACUCACGAAGACACGCCGCCAUUAGUUCAACCAUUACUUGAUGAGUUCUGUGACGUGUUUCCUGACGACAUUCCGCCAGGCCUUCCGCUUAUGCGUGAGAUUCAACAUUGUAUCGAUUUUUUGCCCAGGGCGAGCAUUCCGAACAAACCGGCGUAUUGGAUGAAUCCAAAAGAUUAUGAAGAGCUUCAUCGCCAAGUCCGAGACCUUCUUGAGAAGGGUCUGAUCCGUGAGAGUUUGAGCCCAUGCGCCGUUCCCGCUUUAUUAGUUCCAAAACACGGGGGUGCUUAUCGUAUGUGUAUUGAUAGUCGGGCGGUAAACAAAAUUACAGUGAAGUACCGGUUUCCUAUUCCACGAUUUGAUGACCUUCUUGAUCAACUACAUGGCGCUAAAAUAUUUUCUAAAGUUGAUCUACAAAGUGGAUAUCACCAAAUUCGUUUACGACCUGGUGACGAGUGGAAAACCGCUUUUAAAACACGUGAUGGCUUAUAUGAAUGGAUGGUGAUGCCAUUCGGCUUAUCGAAUGCCCCGAGCACAUUUAUGCGCUUGAUGAAUCAUAUCUUUAAGCUAUUCAUUGGACGAUUCGUUGUCGUUUAUUUUGAUGAUAUUCUAAUUUUUAGCCCUGAUUUGCAGCAACACCUACAACAUCUUCGCGAAGUUUUCACGGUUUUGCGUGAACAGAAGCUGUUUGCCAAUCCAACUAAGUGUCAUUUUCUUACAAAUGAAGUGGGCUUCCUUGGUUAUUUUAUUUCAGGAGAUGAGGAGAUGGGAUUCGUAUGGACCAAAAAAAGUUGA